CGUGCUUCCUGAAUGCAAACAAGCAGGUUAACGACCCCAGUGUUAAAACGUUUCAGCCUGAAAUCUGUCUGGAUAACCCAACAGAGCCAUUUGUUCUUUGGAAAUAGGGCGAAUGGUGUAUGGUGGCAGGAACCCACCAGGACCUGGAGCCCUGAGGCAGAGAGAUACGUGUACAGAGAUAAAGGCCUGGGAAUAGCUAAAAUCAGCAUCAAAGUUGGCGCCCGAUUCUUGAUUCUUGGUGAACCUGUCCCUCUGCUCCAGAGGGAGACUGCUAAAUCAUGAAAUUACUUGCCUUGCUUUUUCUCUGCUCCAGGCUGCUACCAAGUUUAACCCAGGAGUCCUCACAAGAAAUCGACUGCGAUGAUGAAGACUUAUUUAAGGCAGUGGACACUGCGCUGAAGAAAUAUAACAGUAGAAGCCAAAGCGGCAACCAGUUUGUGUUGUACCGUGUAACUGAGGUCGUCAGGACGGAUGACCCUAACACGUUUUACUCCUUCAAGUACGAAAUUAGGGAAGGAAACUGUUCUGUUCAAAGCGGCAAAACCUGGCAGGAUUGUGACUACAUAGAAUCUGCUCAAGCUGCCACAGGAGAAUGCUCCGCCACAGUGGGGAAGAGAGGGAAUAUGAAAUUCUCUGUGGCUACACAGACCUGCCAGAUCACUCCAGCCGAGGGCCCGGUGGUGAGAGCCCAGUUUGACUGCCUUGGCUGUGUGCACCCCAUCUCGACCGCGAGCCCUGACCUGGAACCCGUUCUAAGACAUGCCAUUGAACAUUUCAACAACAACACGGAUCAUUCCCACCUCUUUGCUCUUAAAGAAGUGAAAAGGGCCAACCGACAGGUGGUAUCUGGAUGGAACUAUGAAAUUACUUACUCAAUUGCGCAAACGAAUUGUUCCAAGGAGAAUUUUCUGUUCUUAACUCCAGACUGCAAGUCCCUUUUGAAUGGUGAUAUUGGUGAAUGUACAGAUGAGGCACACGUGGAUCCUCAGCUGAGAAUUGCUUCUUUCUCGCAGAAGUGUGACCUCUAUCCAGGGGAGGAUUUUGUACAACCUUCUACGAUUUGCACUGGCUGCCCCAAAGACAUCCCUGUCAACAGCCCAGAGCUGGAGGUGCCUCUGAAUCAUUCCAUCGCAAAGCUUAAUGCAGAGAAUAACGGAACUUUCUAUUUCAAGGUUGACAAAGUGAAAAGUGCAACAGUACAGGUGGUAGCUGGAGAGAAAUUUUCAGUUGAGUUCACAGCCAGGGAAACCACGUGUUCCAAGGAAAGUAACGAAGAGUUGACAGAAAGUUGCCAGAUCAAUAAAUAUGGACAAGCCCUAGAAUGUAAAGCUGAAAUUUUUGUGAUACCUUGGGAGAAAAAAAUUUACCCUACUAUCAACUGUCGGCCUCUGACAAAGAUCAUAUUGAUGAAAAGGCCUCCAGGUUUUUCACCUUUCCGAUCAGUACCCAUGAAGAAAAUAGAAGAAGGAACAACUGUAAGUCCACCCCACACUUCCAUGGCAUCUGUACAAGAUGAAGAGCAGGAUUCAGGAAAAGAACAAGGACCUACCCAUGGGCAUGGCUGGGGCCAUAGAAAGCAAAUAAAACAUGGCUUUGGCCAUGGGCAUAAACAUGAGCAUGGCCAAGGCCAUGGGUACCACAGGGGACAUGACCUUGGCCAUGGACAUCAGAAGCAACAUGGUCGUGGCCAUGGACAACAAAAGCAACAUGGCCUUGGUCAUGGACAUCAAUGGGAACUUGACUAUGACCCUGAACACCAAGGGAGACAUGGCCUUGGCCAUGGACAUCACAGGGGACGUGGCCUAGCCCAGGGACAUACACAUGAGCAUGGCCAAGGCCAUGGAAAAUAUAAAAAUAAAAGAAAAGACAAUGAAAAGCAUAAUGGUUGGAAAACAGAGCAUUUGGCAAGUUCUUCUGAAGAUAGUGCCACCUCUUCUGCAGAGACACAAGAGAAGACAGAAGAGCCAACACCCCUCCCUUCCCUAGCCCAGCCAGGGAUAGCAGUUACCGUGCCUGACUUUCAGGACUCAGAUCUCAUUGCAGCCCUGAUGCCUAACCCACCAUCUCCCACAGAGAGGGAUGAUGAUUGGAUCCCUGACAUUCAGAUACAGCCAAAUAGCCUUUCAUUUAACCUGGUAUCUGACUUGCCAGAAAAAACCUCCCCCAAAUGUCCUGGACGCCCUUGGAAGCCAGUUAAUGGAUUGAAUCCAGCUGUGGAAGUGAAAGAAUUUCAUGAUUUUGAUCUCACUGAUGCUUUGUAUUAAUUUAUGUAGACAUGAGACUUAACACUUGAUCAUUCCUCCUCCCCAUUGUCUAAAUAUCCUGAUAAUGCACCAAAAGCCCUGAAGCUUCAGAACAGCCUAGAGAAAAGGGGUGAGAUGCCCAGUGGGACACUGUCAAUCUCUAUGGACAACAUAAAGCUGUGUACAGAAUCCUAAAUUCCCUCUGGGUCUUCCUCCCAAGACUUCUUUACUAACACCGAAAAUGGACAAACUCACAUGCCUUAUGGCCUACCACAACUGGUACAACAAAUGUGUGCCUUAACAAAUGUGUACCUUAAAAUGUAUGUCAUCAACUUUCAUGCAAAGAUUCUUGACAUUCUGAAUAAACUGUGGCAUGUGGUCCCUGAACACGUGUGAAAAUAAGGGAAGUCAAGAGACUAAAUGCUGCACUUCUUAAUGGGAAAAGAAAAAUAACAAUAAAACCUCCAGAGGUUAAAGAGACAAGAAAGAAAGACAAAUUGGCCCAAGAGAGGACAGGGGGAAGUAAACUGAUUGACUUUCAGUUUCCAGAAUGACUAGUAUGUCAAAUAGUCACUCCCACUUGACAAAGCUGUCCUGAUAAUUCUUUUUCUGGGUGAGAGGGUUUCUUGUCAGUCAGUCAUUUCCGUUUGCUCACGAAGUACCCUUUGCAACAGGGCUUUCACAUGGGAGUUUUGUUUGUUUAUUUGUUGCCUGGGCUACACUAAGUAAUCCUGGGCUUUUAGCAACUCUGAGUUUAACGAUAAGGACAGAAAGCAGAGGAAGUAAUAUCGAGGCAGUCUUGCCAAGGAAGAUGUUUUUUCAAUAUUUGACAAGGGUAUAUCCUGAGAUGGGAUGCAAAGUUCGUUCAGAAAUUUUAUGAGGAAAUUCCCAUUUAGCCUCACUUUAUGAUCAUCUCAUCUUUUUGCUGUGAUGCUGAAGAGCACUGGUUUUUGCAAGAGAGAAUAAUACGAUUGUCUUUAAUUGCCUUAUAACAUGUGGGAGGCAUAUAUUUUACAACCCUUGCUGUGCUUGUGGCCCAGGGAAAUAAGAUAGGGCUUUAAACAGCUACACUUCCCUGUGGAUGAGUGCCACCGCUACUUUAGUGUAUGGGAUACAUUUGAACCUCUGAGUUUUUAUUUCAUUUCCGAUAUGAUCUGCACUUUUAAAUAAAGAACCAAUGAUGUCAGGAAAAA